CGCAGGCGCGGUGAUCAUAUUUACAUGUGUAGUGUUGCUGCUGCUGCUGCUGCUGCUGCUGCUGUUGGUAUCUGAGGUGCUGUAGUAACAAUGGCUGAUAAGUUGAACGACCUUGCUGGUCGGCUUGGCAAGGGCCCUCGUGGCCUGGGCACCGGCUUGAAGGUGCUGGCAGUGGCUGGUGCAGCCGCUUAUGGUCUCUCUCAGUCCUUCUACACAGUUGAGGGUGGUCAUCGCGCCAUUAUCUUCAGCCGGAUUGGUGGAAUUCAGCCAGACAUUUACUCGGAAGGAUUGCACUUUCGCAUACCCUGGUUUCAUUAUCCAGUCAUCUAUGAUAUCAGGGCCCGCCCCAGGAAAAUCACUUCUCCUACAGGAAGUAAAGAUUUGCAGAUGGUAAAUAUUUCCCUCAGAGUAUUGUCAAGACCUGUUGGUACAGCCAUUCCAAUUAUUCAUCAAACACUGGGUCUUGACUUUGAUGAGAAGGUGCUUCCCUCCAUCUGCAAUGAGGUCCUUAAAUCUGUUGUAGCAAAAUUCAAUGCAGCUCAGUUAAUCACCAUGAGACAGCAGGUUUCACUUAUGAUUCGCCGAGACCUAACUCAGCGAGCAGAAGACUUCAACAUCAUUCUUGAUGAUGUAUCUAUUACAGAGCUUAGCUUUGGCCGGGAGUACACUUCAGCUAUUGAAGCUAAACAGGUAGCACAGCAAGAAGCACAGAGAGCUUCCUUUGUUGUGGAGCGUGCCAGGCAGGAGAGGCAACAGAAAAUUGUCCAAGCUGAAGGUGAAGCUGAGGCUGCUAAAAUGUUGGGAACAGCUAUUAGCAUGAAUCCUGGCUACCUGAAGUUGCGCAAGAUUAAAGCUGCUGUAAACAUUGGCAGGACAAUUUCUCAGGCACAGAAUCGUGUGUACCUGGGUGCUGAUACUUUGAUGCUAAAUAUCAACGACAAAGAGUACGAUAGCAAUGUGAAGCGUAUAGCCAAGUAACAUUCAAAGUUUGAUUAACCUUAUUUACUGGAAGAAGUUGGAUACACAAUGCUGUGGAAAUGGAGCCUUGAUUAUGAUGACCAGUAUGCUUCAACAAGGGAUUCAAAUUGUGCAUAUAUACUGUAUAAUUAUUUUCAUCAGUUAUUUGUGUGGAGCAUGUAUGUGAUGUAUAUAUAAUUGUGUAAUAUAACAUACAUACAUAUAUAUAUACAUACACUGAAGGAGGGUUGAGGGUGUUGCAGUUCAGAAGGGGACCUGAACUGUGAAGUAGGCACACUUCUGGCAAAACAGCGAACAAGUGAUGUUGAUGUUCCAGAAGUGUGCUGACAUCAAAAUUGGAUGUACCUUCUAAUUGUAACAAUUGCAUCUCUCCUUCAGAGUGCAGGCACUGCACUUGGAGCUAUGACCAUAAAUCAACCCUUGCCAUAGCCUUGCCAUCAGUGCCAUAUUAUAGUAACCUAACCUAUUAUGAAUUUGUGUGGUUUUAUAUCCAUAGCAUAAUUAAUAAGGUUACGUUGUUUAAAAUCCUUGAUGCUGCUAGGAAGGUCAUGGCACAAAUUUGACUUCUGGUCAUAUACAGGUGUUUAAGUUUAUUUAAGAUUACACAGAAAACUUUCCAUACUUAGAUAUUUCCUGUGUUGUGUAAUUUUAUGUGCAUUGUAAGUUCUUUUGAGCUGUUUAGUAUACUUUUUAUUUUUUUUUGUGGUAAGAAACUACAUACAGUUUAUAAAGUACAGGGGACUGAGUGACCUUAGUACCUUAAGUUUGUAAUAAAACUGUAAAUAAUUUAGUACUUGUAUCCAUUAUUACAAAUAAAUUGAUAUUUGAUAAC